AUGGCAAACGAUACCUUGAAUAUUCCAUACAAGCAUCAUAUCGUCCUACCAUUCGCAUCUGGUAUCAACUCUGAGUACAUCAAAAGCCUGUAUGAGCAGAAAUGGCAUUAUACAGCUAUUGUCGGAAUACUGUACAUGAUUCUCAUCAAGUAUUUGCAAAACUAUAUGAAACAACGAGAAGCUAUUCACUGCAAAACACAGCUCAUUGCUUGGAACGCCAUCCUUGCUACUUUCAGCCUCGUCGGGCUAGCACGAAGUGUAGAAGAAAUGCUUUUCGUUUUGAAUGAACAUAGCUUUUAUCACUCAAUCUGCUACACGUUCCAUCAGGACUCUGUGUCCGCUCACUGGUACUUCUUCUUUUCAUUAUCGAAAGUCUGGGAAUUAGGAGAUACCGUGUUCUUGGCAUUACGGAAAAAGCAUUUAUCAUUUCUGCACUGUUAUCACCACGUGAGUGUUCUGAUAUACACAUUCCAAUCCGGCUCUGAAUCCCUUGCUGCUGGACGUUGGUUCAUUUUCAUGAACUUUGCAGCUCAUUCUGCAAUGUAUACAUACUACACAUUAACUUCAAUGGGAUAUAAACCUCCUAAAAACGUAUCGGCCAGUGUUACUAUGGUUCAAAUAACCCAAAUGAUUGGUGGCGUGAUCAUCAGCUGCAUUGUUCUUGGCCUUAAGCUUUUCACAUCUACACCUUGCCAACAGACGAACUUCAAUUUGAUGCUCUGUUUCUCCAUUUACAUUUCAUACUUUUAUUUAUUCAUGAAAUUCUUUAAUAACGCCUACUUGAGCAACGGAAAGAAAACUAAGAAAGACUGA